AUGAGAGAGCGCGGCCCGGCUCAGGGUCCCCGUCCCCAGCCUGCUCUUCCCUCCCGCCCCAGCUCCCCGCGACCCUUGGUUUGCCUCGUUGUAUGUGGCCCACAGGUGUCGCCCGAGUUACCGGACCGCCGUGGCUCAGACAGGGCGAGCCCGCACAGCAACGACAUUCGGAACCUGUGGACCACGGUCACGCUGUCGCAGUCACACCUGAACCUGCCGCUGGCCGGCGUCUGCGAGGACUUCGACGGGGAAGGCGGAGUGAGCAAGACUCGCAGGUGGUCCGACCAGAAGGAUCUCUGGGAGGACGAUGGAGAGGACUUCAACCUCAGUCCAGGGGACCUGGACGAGCGCAACUUUUUGGAGCGGGAACUGCACCGCGGUGGCUCCCUGGAAAACCUCUUAGAGGGGGACGACGAUUCCAAGAGCGAGUCUGAAAAGUCUUCCUCAAUGUCAUCGCUCAAUAUCCCGAAGUACACCCCCCAUCGAGCCUACUGGGCAGAACAGCAGAACAGGCUGCCGCUGCCCCUGAUGGAACUCAUGGAGAAUGAAGCUCUGGAAAUCCUCACCAAAGCCCUUCAGAGCUACCAGUCGGCGAUCGGCGGGGAACACUUCAUGACCAAGGAGCUGCAGCGAUACAUCGAGGCGCUCCGAAGGCGCCGGAACAAGAGGCUGAAUGUCAAAGUGCACUAAGAGCACCUCUGUGGGCUCGAGCGGCGGCCCGACCCCAGCCCCAAGCCCUGUCCGGUCCCCAGACCCCAGCCCUACCCCAUCCUCGUGCAAUCUGAGCCCUAGAGAAAUAAAAGAGUCUGAGCAAG